AGAACCACAUUCAAGAUGUCGGCUUCCGGUUUUCCCGGCAGCGUCGCGCGUGGCCGCCGGGGCCACGCCCACUUCCGGCCCCUUUGCUGCGGCAUGGCUGCGUUGGGGAUUUGGCUGUCCAGAGGUGUCCGGAGGUUGCACUGCAGUGCAGCGGCUGGGGCCGGCGGCCGGUGGCGACUGGAGCAGGGACUGGCUGCCAACCCUUCCGGCUAUGGGCCCCUCACGGAGCUUCCUGACUGGUCUUUCGCCGAUGGCCGCCCUGCUCCCCCAAUGAAAGGCCAGCUUCGAAGAAAAGCUCAAAGGGAAAAGCUUGCAAGGCGAGUUGUCCUGCUGACACAGGAAAUGGAUGCUGGAUUACAGGCCUGGAAGCUAAAGCAACAGAAGCUGGAGGAAGAAAGGAAGCAGGAAAGUGGUCUUAAACCCAAAGGGAUUUCACUGAGAAGCCCACUUCCACAUCAAUAAAAAACAGCUCCAUUCCCGCUUUCCCA